GCGUGCGCCCUGGGCGAGCUCCCAAGAGUCGGGCGAUCCUGAAACCCCGAGUCCCGCGGAGAACCCUGCUGGGCUUUGGGCUCGCUUCUGCAGCUGGACGUCCCAGAGGAGCGCUCGGGUCCGGGCCCGCGGCACCUGCUUCCGAUUUUAGACCAGAUUUUAAAUCUACUCGAGACGUGCGGCGCCUGCAGUUCAUUCUUCAAGUUUCAGUCUCUUGCCCAGCCCUGCAAGGGCGGGAUCUGCCUCCAGCUCCGCCGUGGACUUUGAUAGUUGGGGGCGAGUGGCAGGAGGGCCGCAGGGCCGAUUCCCUAUUGGGCGCAGUUGUGGGCUUUGUGUCGGUGAGCGGGGCUGCCCCGUUGUGAGGCGGCCCAGGUCCUCUGGGCCGUGAGAUCCGCAAAUGGAAGCGUCCUGGGAUUGAAUCUGACAAUCAGUUACCGUAUAUUGAGCGCUUAUAUGCAGAUCGAUGCUGAAAACACGUUUGUAUGAAGCAGAUGCUAUUAGCAGCCCCUUCCUACAGGUGGUGGCACUGAAGUCAUUUGCUUGAGUCACACAGCUAGUCUGUCGCCAAAGGUUUUGCGAUCAGGAGAGAAAAUGCAGAUUCUUCAAAGCUGAAGAAAUGUCAGACUCUGCAUCUAUUGUUACUUCAGAGGAGAAUAAAAUGGAAUCAUCAAUUUUACAAAAAAGACUAUAAACACUUAGGAAAUCCGUGGAGAAACACCCCAGAUUUAGCAAAGCUUGUAGAUGAUCAGAAUCUCUCUAUAAGGAGAGAAACCUGAGAACAGAAUGGGAAGGCGAACUCAGCUCUUAGCUUUUUCUUAGUGUUUAUAAGCAAUCAGCUCCCAAUUCAGGGUGUUUUAACUGGGAAGCCAUCCCAUAUUUUCCAGUUUGGGAGGCUUUUCCUAGUACUUUGGGAGGCAUAGGCAGAAGGAUCACUUGAGCCCAAGAGCAUGGGACCAGCCUGGACAACAUAGUGAGAUCCCAUUUCUACAAAAAAAAAUACAAAAAUUAGCCAGGCAUGGUGGCAAGUGCCUGUGGUCCUAGCUGCUUGGAAGGCUGAGGUGGGAGGACUGCAUGAGCCUAGGAGAUCGAGGCUACAGUGAGCCAUAAUCACACCACUGCAUUCCAGCCUGAUACCCUAGAAGCCAAUACUAUGACACUGUGUUUCUGAAAAAAGAAAAGCUUUGUAUUGCAAGUCGACUCACAAGGAGACAGGAAUAUCAAGCUCAAAGCUGUCUCCCCAUGUUGGCUUUAAGGCAGUUAUUUUUAUUAGAAAAGGUUCAGGCGGUGGAUUCUGAGAUUAGUAGGUGAUUAGUGGAAGGAAAGGGGAGAUCUGGGAAGUCCUUGGGCUUUCGCAGUUACCUCUUCAGGCUACUUAAUGGGUCUCAUGCAAAUUCAGGGACAUCAUGAAACCUGUGUUCAAAAUUCAGGCUGUGACAUCAGCAAGCUCAUUCUGUGCAGACUCCAGUCAGCCUUAUUGGUUCCAACAGAUUUCUGCUUGUUCUUCUUCUAUCUUAUAAGGAAGGAGUUUCAGCAUUUCAGCAAGUUGUUUCUUUUCUUUUUGCGAAGGAGUUUCGCUGCACCGCCCAGGCUGGAGUGCAAUAGCGUGAUCUCGGCUCACUGCAACUUCUGAUUCCCGGGUUCAAGUGAUUUUCCUGCCUCAGCCUCCCAAGCAGCUGGGACUACAGGUGCCCACCAACCUGCCGGGCCUCGAACUCCUGACCUCACGUGAUCCACCCACCUCAGCCCCUCAAAGUGCUGGGAUUACAGGCGUGAGCCACUGCACCUGGCCAGCGAGUUGUUUCUUAUCUGCCAUCCUGCAGACUCAAGAAUUUCUGUUAGUUACUGAUUUAACUCUUUGGGGCAGUUUCAGUAGCCACACAUUUUUUAAGGCUCCUAGAAAAUUAAAAUAGCACAAAAAUUAUGGUAUAUUUUAAAUAUCUGCAUUUAAGUAACAUCUUCACUCAACACAAGACCACAACUGGAUAUUUUAUUGGUGAUAACUUCAAAAAUCUAAAACUUAAGGCCUUUAAUAAAGAUGAAAUCAUACUAAAUGGCCCUACUUUGUACUCUUUUCCUCUUUUGUAGACACAGAGCCUUGCUAUGUUGCCCAGGUUUGUCUUGAACUCCUGGGCUCAUGCGAUCCUCGCACCUUGUCCUCCCAAACUGCUGGGAUUAAAGACGUGAGCCACCGCACCUGGCUCCUACCUGGUAUUUUAUGGUAACUCUUCAGCCAUCUCUCCCCAACUAGGACCCCUCUUUAAGAGGAAAGGAGGCUGAAGGUCAGCAGCAAAGGACUUGAGUCCCCUCACCUUGGUCAGUGAAUGGGAGGGACACACUUCCACUGCCUUGUCUCCUGGGUUUUAUUGUUGUUUUAAUAAUUCUUAACUUUUCUCUCUCCUUGUCAGCCGGCGCCACGUGCGGGCUGGUGGCUCUCAGACACCAUGAGCGGCUUCAGCACCUCGGAGUGCGCCGCACCCUUCUCCCUGGAGUACCGAGUUUUCCUCAAAAAUGAGAAAAGACAAUAUAUAUCUCCAUUUCAUGAUAUUCCAAUUUAUGCAGAUAAGGAUGUGUUCCACAUGGUAGUUGAAGUACCACGCUGGUCUAAUGCAAAAAUGGAGAUUGCUGCAAAGGACCCUUUCAACCCUAUUAAACAAGAUGUGAAAAAAGGCAAAGUUCACUAUGUUGCGAAUUUGUUCCCGUAUAAAGGAUAUAUCUGCAGCUAUGGUGCCAUCCCUCAGACUUGGGAAGACCCAGGGCACAGUGAUAAACAUACUGGCUGUUGUGGUGACAAUGACCCAAUUGAUGUGUGUGAAAUUGGAAGCAAGGUAUGUGCAAGAGGUGAAAUAAUUGGCGUGAAAGUUCUAGGCAUAUUGGCUAUGAUUGACGAAGGGGAAACCGACGGGAAAGUCAUUGCCAUUAAUGUGGAUAAUCCUGAUGCAGCCAAUUAUAAUGAUAUCAAUGAUGUCAAACGGCUGAAACCUGGCUACUUAGAAGCUACUGUGGACUGGUUUAGAAGGUAUAAGUUUCCUGAUGGAAAACCAGAAAAUGAGUUUGCUUUUAAUGAAGAAUUUAAAGAUAAGGACUUUGCAACUGAUAUUAUUAAAAGCACUCAUGACCAUGAGAAAGCAUUAGUGACUAAGAAGACGACUGGAAAAGGAAUCAGUUGCAUGACAACAACUGUGUCUGAGAGCCCCUUCAAGUGUGAUCCUGACGCUGCCAGAGCCAUUGUGGAUGCUUUACCACCACGCUGUGAAUCUGCCUGCACAGUACCAACAGACGUGGAUAAGUGGUUCCAUCACCAGAAAAACUAAUGAGAUUUUUCUGGAAUACAAGCUGAUAUUGCUGCAUCGUGUUCAUCUGGAUGUAUUAGAUGUAAAAGUAGUAGCUUUUCAAAGAUUUAAAUUUGUAGAACUCAUCUAACUAAAUUCUGCUGUGACCAAUCCAAUAUACUCAGAAUGUUAUCCAUCUAAAGCAUUUUUCGUAUCUCAACUAAGAUAACUUUUAGCACAUUCAAAGUAGUUGUCAUUUGGAAGUCACUUGUGAAUAGAUGUGCAAGGGGAGCACAUAUUGGAUGUAUAUGUUACCAUAUGUUAGGAAAUAAAAUUAUUUUGCCAAAAAAAAAAAA